AUGGGUGCGGUGCUAUCAAAGAAGAACAGAAGGAAAAGUGGUGCCGUGGUGCAGGAGGUGAAGGUGGUGGAGUCGUCCAUGGUGGCACCCAGCGAGCAGACGCCUCGGCAGGGUCUGUGGCUCUCCCCGCUCGACCUCAUGCUUGUCAACCGAGGCCACACCCCCACCGUCUACUUCUACCGCUCCGAGUCCGGCGACUUCUUCGACGUGGCCAGGCUCAAGGCGGCGAUGGCCAAGGCUCUGGUGGCCUUUUACCCUCUGGCCGGCCGUCUCGGCGUGGGCGGCCGAGGAGACGGCAGGCCGGUGAUCGACUGCGCCGGCCAGGGCGCGCUCUUCGUCGUCGCGUGCUCGGACCUCACCGUCGACGACUUCAGCGGCUUCAAGCCGUCGCCGGAGCUAAGGAGGCUAUUUGUUCCGCGCGUCGACGAUUACUCGCCUCCCGUCAUGUGCGCCGUCCAGGUCACCUUCUUGAAGUGCGGCGGGGUGGCAUUGGGGACGGCGCUGCACCACAUCGCCGCCGACGCCAUCAGCGCGUUCCACUUCUUCCAGACGUGGUCCGCCUUCUCCCGGGACGGCGACGCGGCGGCGGCGGCGCUAGAGCCCCCGCUCCACGACCGCACCCUCCUCCGCGCGCGCUCCCCGCCCGUCGUCCACCCGGACGCGCUCACCGUCUUCUGCCCCAAGCUGAACCUGUCCACCGAGCCGUCGGCGGGGCCCGUCGUCAGCGAGGCUUUCGACAUCUCCAAGGACCUGGUCGCCGCUCUCAAGAGUGCGUGCGUCAGCGGCGACGGCGGGCGCAUCAGCACGUUCUGCGCCGUGAGCGCCCACGUGUGGCGGUGCGUGUGCGUGGCCCGCCGGCUGCCGCCGGAAGCCACGACCCGCCUCACCUUCCCGGCCAGCGUCCGGCGCAGCCUGAGGCCGCCGCUCGCGGCCGGCUACUUCGGCAAUGGGAUCAUCUGGCUGGGCGCCGACGGCCAGGUGCGGGACGUCGCCUCAUCGGAGGGCCUGGCCUCCGCGGCCGGCCGGAUCAGGGGCGCCGUCCGCCGGAUGGACGACGAGCUGGUGCGCUCGGCGAUCGACUACUUCGAGCUGACGGAGACGGACAGCAGGCCAGCGCCGGGCCGCAUGGCGGAGACGGAGCUGAGGGUGAUCAGCUGGCUGGGCAUGCCGGUGUACGCCGCGGACUUCGGGUGGGGGAAGCAGCUGGCGAUGCUGCGCGCCGAGACGGAGCGCGCCGGGUUCGUCUACCUGAUGGAGGGCGGGCAGGGCGCCGGCAGCGUGCGCGUCGUCAUCUGUACGGAGGCUGCAAUCCUCGACGACUUCCAGCGCCAGCUAUAUGCCAAGUUCUAG